AUGACAUCUACCAAAAACGGUUUAAAGAAAAAAACAAAACAAAAGCGACAACCAAAAGGAAGAGAAACGGAAAGAGAACGGAACGAGAGGAAGAGAAAGGAAAGAGAAACGGAAAGAGAAAGGAAAGAAAAGGAAAGAGAAAGAAAGAGAAGGAAGAGAAAGGAACGAGAAAGGAAGAGAACGGAACGAGAAGAUGAAAGAGAACGGAAAGAGAAGAGAGAACGGAACGAGAAAGAACGAGAACGGAAAGAGAAGGAACGAGAACGGAACGAGAAGGAAGAGAAAAGAGAAGAACGAGAACGGAAACGAGAACAACGAGAACGGAACGAGAACGGAAACGAGAAACGGAAACGAGAACGAACGAGAACGAACGAGAACGGAACGAAACGGAACGAGAACGGAACGAGAAAGGAACGAGAAACGGAAACGAGAACGGAACGAGAACGGAACGAGAACGGAACGAGAAGGAACGAGAACGGAACGAGAAACGGAACGAGAACGGAACGAGAAGAAGAGAACGAACGAGAACGGAACGAGAACGGAACGAGACGAAGAGAACGGAACGAGACGGAAACGAGAACGGAACGAGAACGGAACGAGAACGGAACGAGAACGAGAACGGAAAGAUCUAGUUCAGUUUCUAGUUCAGUUCUAGUUCAGUUCUAGUUCAGUUCUAGU